AAGCUAUUGCAAUUGGUUUAUUAACCAAUUAAAACUAUGGUUUUUUGCUCUAGUCAUGGGAUAUAUGGCGCCAUUAAUUUUCAAACUAACAAAUAUCGUUGAAAAAUUUAACAUAAGCAACUCUUGUUUAUGGUAAAAUGUUGCCAGCGAUUAAAAACUGAUGGUAAAUACUUGUUUUACAGGAUUUGUCUAUACCAUCCCAUUACUGGUGCCUGUUCCAUUAUAGGGGUGUUUACUAUAGUGGCACACUGCCUUAAUACUCGUAUAAACAUUUUUUUAAACGUUUGCGUUUUGAACAUAUAUUAUAUUCAAUUAUAAUUCAUAGAUAGUCCCGCUAAAAGUUGUAAUUUAAUAUAAUUAUGAGAAAUACACCUAUAUAACAUGAAGUUUAUAAUAAGAUUUUGACUCUUCUUUCUUCUGUCUUUACGCAUAAUUACACUGCGCUUUGAAUGUUUCAAUUAGGAAAUAGGUAUUUCACAAAACUCUGCGUAGUGAGCGCCACUAGCACAGCACAUACUGAUGGCCUACCAGCCUACCACGGAAUACAAAAAUCGAAAUUUCGCUAUCCGCCUCUCUCACUCUUGUAUAUUCGAGCAAUAUAGAAGCACAGAACGAAAUUUCGAUUUACACGUUUCGCGAUAGGUUCUCUGUAAACAAACCGCCUUGAUGCAUCAACUUUUCAAAAAACUGUUUAAGGCAUAGUAUGUAUAAGUUACUUUGUGGUUAACAAUAUGUGCCAUUGUUGCACUCUGGCGGUAGAAUAUUGCAGUAAUACCCCUUAUUAAAACAAUUUUCAAAUAUUUAAAUCUGAAAAUAGAUUGUGGCCGCGGCAAGAACUGACGAAUUCUUUGUUAUUCAAAAAAAACUUCGUAAAAACACAUUAAAUCUUCAGUUUACAUCAAUUAAGGAUCUGAUAAUUUUCCUGUUUACACCUUCACCCUCGAUCAAUCGAAUUCGAUCUUUUUCUCUAAUGCAUUAAGGUUGAAUUUCGUAGAAAGCGAGUACGAUGACUACCGAAUGAGCAGCAAACGUGUAACAAACUCAAAUUGGGUUCAGUAACGCGAGAAGAGUUUAACUGUUGAGUUGGACGGGAAUGUGUGGUGGAGUGGGAUAAAGAUUCGAUUACAUUACAUACAGCUAAAAAUGGAAUUCAUUCAUCGAACGAUCUUGGUAAUUAUUCUAAGUUCCCUGGCUGAAAUUUGUGCCAGUUACGAAAUUCUAGUAAUAUUUCCAGAGCCCACAAAAAGUCAUGGAAUUUUGGGGGAUGGCUAUGUUCGAAAUCUCUUGGAUGCCAAUCACAAGGUUACUUACAUAACUCCAUUCCCCUGGAAGGAAUCACCGAGCAAUCUGACGCAAAUAGAUAUCAGCUCUAAUCUGGAAACGUCUGGCGAAUAUUUCCAGAACUUGACCAUAGAAUAUCCGAAUAACUACGAAUUCCUGCAAAUGCUGUCAUACACGAUGGGCCGGCUUGUUAUCACCCAUCCUGCAGUGCAGGCCUUCCUGAGGAAGCCCGACAUCAGUUUCGACGUGGUGGUCGCUGAGUGGAUAGACUCGGAAAUGUAUUGUAGUUUCGCGGGCUACUUCUCAGCUCCCCUGGUCUGGUCUGUAUCGACGCAGCUGCACUGGCAGCCAAUCCGACUGAUGGACGAGAUUCCCAACCCCUCGUACUCGGCUGACGUCAACUCUGGAUAUCUACCGCCUUUGAGCUUCGUGCAAAGGCUGAAGGAACUUAAUGUGCAGAUUAGGAAGCUUUGGAUAUUACGACACAAAAUUCAUCCUCUUGAAUUAGAAAUCUACGACACAAUCUUUAAAUCCGCUGCCAUGACGACGGGUAGAGAUCUCUUGCCAUACGCAGAUAUUCCGAACAACUAUUCAAUGAUGUUAGUUAACACUCAUCCUUCUGUUGCAACGCCGUGGAGGGUGCCCCCGAGUGUAAAGGAGAUAGCUGGUUAUCACAUAAAAUUGCCGGUUGAGGAUUUAGAUGCGAAUUUACAAUCCAUAAUGGACGCAUCAACGCAAGGUGUUAUUUACUUUAGCUUCGGAACCACCAACUCGGGAAAGGACAUGGAAGACGGGAUACGCAGGGAAAUUUUAGAAGUGUUCCGAAGCUUAAAUCAAACGGUUUUAUGGAAAUUAGAUGUACCCUUGGAAAAUCUUCCGAAAAACGUACAUUUGAUGCAAUGGGCUCCUCAGACUAGUAUAUUGAACCAUCCAAAUACUAAAGUUUUCAUUACCCAUGGCGGUCUUCUGUCUCUCAUCGAAGCAAUACAUUUCGGGGUUCCCAUGAUAACGAUACCGCAUGCUGGUGAUCAAUAUAGUAAUGCAGCAGCUGCUGUUAAGAAAAGGAUCGCCAUAAAAUUGGUAAAUGGCCCCGGUUUGCCGUCAGAAUUGAGAGAUGCGUUGAAAAUGAUGCUUAUGGAUUGGAAGUACCAGGAUAACAUGAAACGAGUGUCUCGCACGUACCGACACCGGCUUGUAUCUCCAGGCAAGGAGUUGGUGCACUGGGUGGAGCACGUGGUCAUCACUCGCGGGGCCACAUACCUUAGAUCCCCUGCACUCCUGGUACCUUCGUAUCAAAAAGCGUACCUGGAUCUAGCUGCAUUAAUUUUAUUUGUUAUUAUUGUCAUAGUCCUAAUACUUUAUUUCAGUAUUCGUUGGUGUUUAAGAAGGAUAAGGCAGAAAUGUAACUGUAAACAUUAAAAUGGUUAUUAACUUCGUUCCGAGUCUAAUCUUAAGUAAACACUGCAAAAAAACAUUGUGAAUUGCAUUAUAUUCGGAUAAUUCCGACUAAUUCAAAAUGUCGGCUAAUACCGAUAAUCACCCAUAAUUCCAUUAGACUUCAUUUUUGGAAUUACCCAACAAUCCCAACAUUCUGAACUUUUCGGAAUUAACCCAAUACACCUUACUAUAAAAAAUUUGAAAAUGAAGGACAGAUAGAAUAAAUAAAGACUACCUACUUGUAUGUAAAACGCGGCGAACCAAACAAGGACGAUUUGCAAAAUAAAAUCUCUCCUAAAACCUCAAGCUUAGGCUUGUGACACACAACACAUAGCGUUUUGUCCCUUUUAGCAAUAUUUUUUAUUACUCUUAUCUCUGCAUAUGCUCAUCUAUAGAUUUAAUUUCUAAAAAUCUAAAUAGGCAGAUAUUAAACCUCUAUCUAUAGAAUUGGGAAUCUGUCGAAAUCGGAAACUGUGACGAAAAUUUGCUGAGAUGCUAAAUAUUUGGUUUCAAAGUUCCAUACAGAAGGGCAGGGGAGUGGAGAUGAUCAUUUUGGUCAAC